AUGCUCAACCCGCACGAUGCCGCUGGAGCACAGUUUCCCAGCAGCGGCGAGGUGACUGGCAAUGCCCACCACCCAACCGGGCCCGCCUUUUACCUCCAAGAGCACGGCGGCUUUGACUUUGCGAAUGUGGCCGAGGGCCUCCGUGAACGCGGCCAGUCGGCAGAUGACGCACUGCACGUGGGCACCACAGUUGAGCUGAAUUUGCUGCCCGCGCUGUCUACGCACCCGCUGCGAACGCUCGAUCCCGCCAGCGCGCAGGUGCACGUGCUGGCGGCGCUGCCCUUUGCCUCACACGUCCUCUCACUGGCUGAGGGCGACCCAAGCUCCCACGUGCGGCGGAUGAUGGCUUUUGCGUAUGAGCUGCGAAAGAGCCGCGCGUUCGUUGAGCAUCAGAUUCCGUUUGUCCUUAUAUACCCGCACUCGAACCCCACGCUGAUGGGAAACGAGGCUCUGGCCGCACUCUCCCUCGGCAGCCUCAUCGUGGCCACCUCGGAUCCGGUCUUUGCCCGUCCGACCCGGCACGAGCUCGCUUCUGCAGAAUUCCAUCAAGCAUAUCGAAGGGGAAUCACGAUACCCUACCUUGGGUCACGCAAUCAGGCGGCGGCGGUUGGCAGGAAGAGAGCAGGCCCCGUGGGAAACGACGCGUGGGAUAAGUUUCAGCGGCGCUUUGGCUACAAAGCUAACCCGACUGGCAUCGCGACAGCCCUGCUGCGUGAGCUGGGCGUGCGCCUACCUUCAUGCCACGCACCAGCUAAUGGUGGCCUUCCCACCAGGCACCGCAGCUUGUGCCCCUAUAAUCCGGCAGCUGGCGGCCAGGCGAGCCGGAGGCUGUCCUUGUCCAGCGGCGCCGCCGGCCUACGGGCGCGCAUCAGCAGCCUCGGCCGCACGAACGGAUCGGCCGUCGCGCGGGUCGCGACCGUGCAUCGGCGGCUGGCGCUCGCGGUGGAGAUGGGCGCGCAGAUUGGGUGGUCUUUGCUGCUGCUCUCCCUUCUGCUCAUCGUACCAAUCGCAUGGGCCAUCCUCUCCCCGCCCCGGGACGACUACGACGAGCCGCCCGCACCCACAGACGGUAACGAGGAGCCAACUUCCCCACGAUCGCCCCUUUUCAGAGCCAAAGAGACACGAUCCGACGAGACAAAAUCGUGA